CUGUUUCGUUUGUAACUCGUACCACAUCGUGCCGUUUUGAGCUCUGCGUUUCUCUGUUACCUCACUACGGCUCUACCACCAACCACAACUUGCAUCUCGCUCUCUCAUAUUCUCUUUUCCGAGAAUCUCGGAGUAUUUUCGUUUUCAUAUUCACUUUUAGCGUUUCAGAUUCGUUUCGUUAAGAAACCAGAUCGACAUGGCAGCUGCUUCAGGAGAUUCGUAUGAGGAAGCGUUGGCUGCUUUAUCUUCUUUGAUAACGAAACGAAGUCGUGCUGAUAAGAGCAACAAAGGGGAUCGCUUCGAGCUUGUCUUUGAUUACCUUAAGCUACUUGACCUGGAAGAAGACAUGUUAAAGAUGAAAGUUAUCCAUGUAGCUGGAACCAAAGGCAAGGGAUCCACAUGUGCCUUUACUGAGUCUAUUUUACGAAGCUAUGGCUUCCGAACUGGACUCUUCACUUCACCACACCUCAUUGAUGUCCGUGAAAGAUUUCGCUUAGACGGUAAGGACAUUAGCGAGGAGAAAUUUUUGGUCUAUUUCUGGUGGUGCUAUAACAGGCUUAAGGAGAGAACUAACGAGGAGAUACCAAUGCCUACAUAUUUCCGCUUCCUUGCAUUGCUAGCUUUUAAAAUUUUUGCUGCAGAAGAGGUAGAUGCUGCUAUAUUGGAGGUAGGAUUAGGUGGGAAGUUCGAUGCCACCAAUGCGGUUCAGAAACCUGUGGUGUGUGGUAUUUCUUCACUUGGAUAUGACCACAUGGAAAUUCUAGGUGAUACACUUGGCAAAAUUGCUGGUGAGAAGGCUGGAAUUUUCAAGCUUGGAGUUCCAGCUUUCACAGUACCUCAACCUGAUGAAGCCAUGCGUGUCCUUGAAGAGAAAGCUUCCAAAUUAGAUGUGAAUCUCGAAGUGGUGCAACCACUAACCGCAAGGCAGUUAAGUGGUCAGAAACUUGGGCUUGAUGGGGAGCACCAAUAUCUAAAUGCUCGUCUAGCAGUUUCCCUUGCCUCUACUUGGCUUCAGCAAAUCGGUAAACUUGAAGUUCCCAGUCUGACUCAGAUGAGUAUUCUGCCUAAGAAAUUCAUCAAAGGUUUAGCUACAACGAGUUUGCAAGGACGAGCACAGGUCGUCCCUGAUCAGUUUAUUGAAACUAGGACUUCGGGAGAUUUAGUAUUUUAUCUGGAUGGAGCUCAUAGUCCAGAAAGCAUGGAAGUAUGCGCCAAAUGGUUUUCUUUGGCGGUUAAGGGAGACAACAAGCCAGAGCGUUCAGAACAUUUGGUUAAUGGCUCAUCUCAUGAUAAAUGGUCAGGAGAAGAAAACUGCCAACAGAUAUUGCUAUUCAACUGCAUGUCAGUUCGGGACCCAAAUCUGCUGCUUCCACAUCUAAGGAACACAUGCGCACACCAUGGUGUCCAUUUCAAGAAGGCAUUGUUUGUACCAAACAUGUCGGUGUAUCACAAGGUUGGUACAUCGGCGGAUUUGCCUGAGAAUGAUCCACAUGUUGACUUGUCAUGGCAGUUGACACUCCAGGAAGUGUGGGAACGCCUUAUCCAUAAUGAAAAAGGAGAAGAUAGUGAAAGUAUAAAAAGUGAGGUGUUUACUUCACUACCGAUGGCAAUAAAAUGGCUAAGGGAUAGUGUACAUGAGAGUAGCUCAGCCACACGUUUCCAAGUUCUUGUAACUGGUUCCUUACAUCUUGUAGGUGAUGUACUGAGAUUAGUCAGAAAAUGAAGGGUUGAAUACACCAACACUAAAUCACAAUAUAUUGUGUGAUUUUGAUUUUUCUUUCAACAUAGAUUAUUUAUUUCCCUAUAACCAACCAAAAGCAUAUAACCAAAAGCAAAAUGUUGUUUCAAAGUACCAGAUUCACAAGUGCUACAUUACUAGCUUUUGAUUUGUUUCUUUCAGAUUUAGAAAUCAAUUGAAACGCAAUGUCCCCAA